AGAAGCGACAGUUCGACGAGGCUAUUGAGAACUACACAAAGGCCUGGGAGACACACAAGGACAUUGCAUACAUGACGAACCUCGGCGCCGCAAAGUUCGAGAAGGGCGACUACCAGGGCUGCGUCGAGGCGUGCCAGCAGGCCAUCGAGUACGGUCGCGAGAUCUACGCAGACUUCAAGAUCAUCGCCAAGUACGUCCAGAACAAUUCGGAUCUUUACCUCCCUUACUAACUAUGAACAGGGCAUACGCCCGCAUCGGCACCGCCUACGAGAAAAUGAACGACCUCGCCAACGCAAUCACCUUCUACCAAAAAGCGCAAACCGAGCACCGCACCCCCGAAGUCCUCGCCAAACUGCGCGCCGCCGAAAAAGCAAAAAUCACACACGACCGCACCGCCUACAUCGACCCGACCGAAGCCGAAAAAGCCCGCGAACUCGGCAACGCAAAGUUCAAGGAAGCAGACUGGCCCGCCGCAGUAGAAGCCUACUCGGAAAUGACCAAGCGCGCACCCGACGACCCCCGCGGCUUCUCAAACCGCGCCGCUUGCUUCAUCAAACUGCUGGAAUUCCCCUCCGCUGUGCAAGACUGCGAUGAGGCGAUUAAGCGCGAUCCGAAGUUUAUCCGCGCGUAUUUGAGGAAGGCGCAGGCGUACUACACGAUGCGCGAGUAUAAUAAGUGUAUUAAUGUUUGCUCCGAGGCCAUGGAACAUGAUGAGGGGGGGAAGAAUGCACGAGAGAUUCAGGAGCAGGAGCGGAAGGCGCUGGAGGCGCAGUAUUCGGCCCGUGAGGGCGAGUCCGAGGAGCAGACUAUGGAGCGGAUUCAGCGGGAUCCUGAGAUUGUGGGUAUCCUGCAAGACCCUGUUAUGCAGGCUAUUCUUCAACAGGCUAAGGGUGAUCCCGCGGCCCUGCAGGAACAUCUUAAGAAUCCGGGGAUUCGCGCCAAGAUCCAGAAGUUGGUUGCUGCGGGGGUGAUUCGUAUGGGUCGUUGAGGGUAUGGGGGAUAUGGUGGAGGGGGGGAGGGACGA